AUGGAAUGGGGUUGCAUACUCCUCAUUGUCUCGGUAGCAUGGGCUGCACAAGAGGAACAUUUCAUCGACGUGAAGCAGUUAGUUAAAGGCACUAUUGAAGCAAUGUCAAAGUUACCUAUGCCACAGAAUGGCACCGAUCCUAUGAACGAGAAAAAUUCUGAGCAAUUCUACAAGUUGUUCCAAGUGCCGGCAGAUAUUAUGGGCAAGCUGGCUGCCGAUGCCGGAUACCUCGACACCACUUAUCCGACAACUACGGGACCGUGGAUUGUCCGCAGGUUAUCGUUGCUAUGUACACUACUCUACCCUUACCACAAGAGGCUUCUCUCAAACGUCAAACAACAAUUACCACCGAUGCCUGUCAUGUCAAUGCAAUCGCCGGCAGAAAUGGCGUCGUCACUAGCAAAUUCCGCUAGCCUUGUUGCUCUUCCCGUGUUGCAAGGUGCUACUGGUAGUUCUCAGUCAAAUAUUCAACCACAAUAUGUGUAUCAACCGAUCAUUAAGCCAGAUGGAAAGACGUAUUAUCAGCAACUUCUUAUUCUUCCUGGAAAAGUUGCCUCCAAUGGUGCUGAGAUAGGACUUCGCCCACCCAUUGAGAGAUCAUCAUUUCUGCAGGAAAUGAUGCCGGUUCAACAGAAGUCUCGAUCAUACCUAAUAUUUCAAAGUGCGCAAUUUCAGCGAAUCAUACAGGCGAAUUUUUCCGUCACCGCUCCAACGUUUCCUCCUCCAGUCAAUAUUUUCCAAGCAAGUGGUACAGACGAGUCCACUCCGGAUCCGAACAAUUCAGAGCCGCCUCCAACAGGCGAGCAACGUCGAUACGGAGAGAAUUCGCGCAGUCAAACAUGCCGAAGAGCCGAGGACACCAGUAGAGCAGAACGUGGAGGUGUGCCCGUGUUGAAAAUUUGGCUACUUGUGAAAAAGUUUAUGUAUCUGUACUACCUAACUCUUCUUAUUCUCACUUUUUACACCCUGGAGAGCUUAAGCGUCCUUGAAGAGACGGUUGUGGAGUCGCAAAUGUCGCAUCAUAAUCGAAAAUUCCGAAGAGCUAAAAAACUAAAGAAGUUGUUGAACAAAAAACGACACUUUGUUGAUGAUGUGCAAGCUAUCGAGAUUGUGCCACGCGAACAUCAUGAGUCUAUCCGAAGAAUGCCACAGAAGACACAGUAUCUCGAGCGGGUGAUGAUUCAGAUUCCAUACUCGCGACAGAAGCUCGAACGAGCACAUGCGUCUAAGACUACGAAGCACGCAAGAUACGAACCGCUCGACACGUCAAUCUCUAAGGAACUGGUGAACUUCGGACAAAGAAAAGGCCCGGGAAGUAGGAAGAAUGGUGACAAAAGAACUGUAACGGCGGCGAAGAAUAGAAGAAGAAACAUAAAGGGUACAAAAUCGAUGAAUACAUUAGAAACGAAAAGCGUCGAGAUCGAAUUCAGCGACGAAAAGCGCAUUCGGAAUCCACAACUUAACGAGAUGGAUGUCGCCACACCGUUGACUCUCACCAGAAGGACGUUGCAGAUGAACAAGUUGAAAGAAGAGAUGAGAAGCAGUAUGAAGAAUAAUGAACGAACUGCUGAACGUCACCACGAAAUCCGACCUCACACUAGAAAAACGAGAAAGCGAAUAAUUAAGAACACCAAGGAAAUCGAAGACGAUUUAUUGCAGGCUUCAACUUCGCCCACAAAUGUUGAGUCGCCUUCACUACGCCGGCACUGCUUGAACAUUCGAACAUUUGCCCGGCAGUUCGGAUUCCAUGAUGUGAAGUCGUUUGCACGAGGCAUGUCUCACUCGUCAUUACUUAAGGCUUCGGAACUUCUUAAAAGCGGAGCUUCUAUAGCACAAUUAUCCAAUAUAUGA